GUAUAUCAGUUUUCAAUUGAAGCAUCCAACAUGAAGUUGUCCCUCGUUCUCUGCGUCCUUUCGAUGGUGUUGUUUGUGGUUGAGAUAAAAGCUGCAGAUAACGACACUACAACCACUACUACCACCGAAGCUACCACUACCACAACAACGGAGGCUUCAAGUUCCGCCUCCUCGGAUGAUACUAAUAAGAAAAAAGUGUAUCUUAGCAAUCUGAAGUACACGAUCAAAAGGAAAAUCAAAGUCGGUUCCACCACCAGCUCCACGACCAAAUCCAAAAGUGCCAAAGCACGCAAAGCCCGUCUGAAUGCCGCCAAACGCUCAAAGAAAUCUGCUGGAAAGCGCAAUCUUAAAAAGAAGUCCUGGAAUCACAAUGUUCGCGCUUACAGGGGUUAG